GGAGCUCAGAGUUUUUACAUCGGACUCGCCAGGGGUAGUCUUGAGAGAGGGGGAGGGAGGGUGUGGAGGAAAGAAAGAAGGUGAGAGACAGGGACUGACUUACGUGGACAAAAACAGACGCCGAAAUACGCAGGCGAGGUGAGAGGUUAGCAGGCUCUCCAGGAGGCCCGGGGGCCCGCUCUGUCUAUCGCUCCCACCCCCCGGGCUGCACCGCCACUUCAAUGCCCGGCAGGUCGCGGGCUGCUGCUAUUUCGAAGGCGCCGGAGGACCAGGUGCGCCCCGCGCCACCGCUGACCCGGACCGGCGCCGACGCCUGACCGCCGUCCUUGGGCACCGACGCGGCUGCGCCCGGCACGUCCCUGUGCGCUCCAGUCCGUUUUGGGCCCGUGAGGGGCAACCGCGGCCAGGAUGGCCCCGGGUCGAGCGGUGGCUGGGCUCCUGCUGUUGGCGGCCGCUGGCCUCGGAGGGGAGGCGGAGGUGCCCGGGCUCGCCUUCAGCGAGGAUGUGCUGAGCGUGUUCGGCGCCAACCGGAGCCUGUCGGCGGCGCAGCUCGGGCGCCUGUUGGAGCGGCUGGGAACCGCCCCCGUGGAGGGCGCCCCCGAGCCGGGACAGCUGCACUUCAACCAGUGUUUAUCAGCUGAAGAGAUCUUUUCCCUUCAUGGGUUUUCAAAUGCUACACAGAUCACCAGCUCAAACUUCUCUGUCAUCUGUCCAGCAGUCUUACAGCAACUGAACUUUCACCCUUGCAAGGAAAGGCUCAAACACAAAACAAAACCAAGUCUUUCAGAGGUUUGGGGAUACGGAUUCCUGUCAGUGACAAUUAUUAAUCUGGCUUCUCUCCUCGGAUUGGUUUUGACUCCAUUGAUAAAGAAAUCUUAUUUCCCUAAGAUUCUGACCUAUUUUGUGGGGCUGGCCAUUGGGACUCUAUUUUCAAAUGCAAUUUUCCAACUUAUACCAGAGGCAUUUGGAUUCAAUCCUAAAGUUAACAACUAUGUUGAGAAGGCAGUUGCUGUGUUUGGCGGAUUUUACAUACUUUUCUUUUUUGAAAGAACACUAAAGAUGUUAUUGAAGACGUAUGGUCAGAAUGAUCACACCCAUUUUGGAAAUAAUGACUUUGGCCCUCCUCAAGAAAAAACUCAUCAACCUAAAACAUUACCUGCCAUCAAUGGUGUGACAUGUUAUGCAAAUCCAGCUGUCACAGAGCCCAAUGGACACAUCCAUUUCGAUAAUGUCAGUGUGGUAUCUCUACAGGAUGGAAAAAAAGAGUCAAGCUCGUGUACUUGUUUGAAGGGGCCAAAGCUCUCAGAAAUAGGGACGAUCGCCUGGAUGAUAACGCUCAGUGAUGCCCUCCACAAUUUCAUCGAUGGCCUGGCCAUCGGGGCCUCCUGCACUUUGUCUCUUCUGCAGGGACUCAGCACCUCCAUAGCCAUCCUGUGUGAGGAGUUCCCUCAUGAGUUAGGGGACUUUGUGAUCCUUCUCAAUGCAGGAAUGAGCACUCGACAAGCCUUGUUAUUCAAUUUCCUUUCUGCAUGUUCCUGCUAUGUUGGGCUAGCUUUUGGCAUCUUGGUGGGCAAUAAUUUUGCUCCAAAUAUUAUCUUUGCCCUUGCUGGAGGCAUGUUCCUCUAUAUUUCUCUGGCGGACAUGUUUCCAGAGAUGAACGAUAUGCUGAGAGAAAAGGUAACUGGAAGAAAAACCGAUUUCACCUUCUUCAUGAUUCAGAACGCUGGGAUGUUAACUGGAUUCACAGCCAUCCUGCUCAUUACUUUGUAUGCGGGAGAAAUCGAAUUGGAGUAAUAAGAAGUGAAAGAUGGUGGUGUUAAUGAAAGCAUUUAAUAAAUAAAAACAGCUCCAGAGGGAUUUUUAAGCUGAUCCUAUUUAGUUAAAAGAUAAUUUUGUUUUUAGCUGUAUGUCAGGAAAACUGAUUAUUGGUGUCAGGAUCUGUGAAACAGACCAUCAUUUGUUGUUAAAAAUGCUUUAAAAAGCUUUUGGUUCCAGUCUGAAAAGCAUGAUACAUGAGAUCUUUGGUAAAUGCUGACUUUUUUUUAAUGUUUCACGCAUAUUAAAAAACCAUCACAAAGCAAGAAACAUACAUUCUAUAAUCAAUUCGACACCAAAAUCCAGAGGAAAAUAUAAACUAGGCUGUAUAAGCCUUUAAAUCUCUAUGGUCAGAUCAAAUGUUCAAGUAGUUUCAGAGUGGUUUCUUUCAAUUAAUUUGUUCUGGUGCUUUCACAAGCAAGUACAUAAAAAUGUGGAAGAGAAUCAAAAUGUACAAAACACAGAUAUAAAUGAUUCCAAGGCCUUAAUGAAUCCAGGAGAGAAAGAUUGCUCAUAGCUUUGGUUUUGUUUUUAUGUUACAGAUAGGGACUUGUAGGAUGGCUUUGAAACCCAUCUUGAAAUAAUAUGAAAUCAGUAAAAUUUUGUUAACUCUACUAAUUUCAGACUCAGAUUUUUUUUUUCCCUCUAAGUGUAAUGUAAAGCUGAUGACAGCUCAUUGGCGGUAUCCAAUGUAUUUCCUUUGUCAAGGUGAAGAAAUGUUGGUUUACAGAAAGAAAUUGAACGUAAUUUUAAGCAAUUUACUUUUAAAGAUGAACAUAACUAUUUAGCAGAGGAUGUUUUAAGUAAAUGCAAAAUAACAGCUGAAUGGCUGUAUGUCAGAGACUAAGAUAUAUGUUUUUUAUGCGUGUCCAAGAGACAGAAAAUAUUUCUUUUGUAUUCAGCCUAUGUUUUUCCUAUAUGGUAUAUUUUGCAAAAAAAAAAAAAAAUCCCACACAGCAUGAUUAUUUUUCUACCUUUUAUAAAAGAUAGAGCCUGUUUAUUCAUUUAGUAGAUAUAGAAGUUUGGUCUAUAAUUGAACAUCCUAGCCCUAAUCUCACUCCCAAAUCACUUAAGGGAAGAUGAUUUAACUGAGAAAAAUAUUUGACAGAAGCCAACAAUGACCUCGGGAAUUAUACUGUCCCACAGGCUGUAAAAUUGUGUCACAUAGCAAUAAUGCAGGAGUGAUGAAUGUUUAGCAUGUAUGUUAAUGUACAUUUUCCUCUGACAAUUUAAAAAUAUUGUUUGACCAAAUAGUAAACACCUUUGAAACCUUG